AUGGAAACGUCGAUACAAGUCGCUCCUUCGUCGAUCAAAAUACAGCAUGAGUCGUAUGUGGAAAGGCGUACCAGAAGUCUUACUGUGUAUCCAUACGAGGACUGCAGCAGCGACGUUGUGAAGCAACUCAAGCUUCGAGAACGAACGACGAGCAGCGCUAGUUCAAUUAAUAGCUCGAAAACCAGUGAGUCGCUUUUGGGAGGCGACAUGGAGACCCCUGUUGAUGUAAAAGAGGAGGAGUCGGAAGGGUUUGUAAGGGAAAGAAAGAGUGUGGAAACGAAUGUUCAGUCGUUCAAGCUGCAGUCGCACUUGCGAGAUAUGCAGCGCCGCAUGGAAAUACUGCAGGGACUGAUACUGCAGGCGACAGAACAGGGAAGUGUGUGCUUACGUUCUAAAGGAUCUACAUUGCAAGCGAAUCCAUGUUUAGUGUUGAUGGAAACGAUGGCGAAAAGUGAUAACAAAGCUCAAUUAGCAGAAAGCCAGACAUCGGUGGCGAAAGAAAGUGUCGACGAGUCUUUAGGACUGGCUGCGACCUUGCCCCGAAUGUGUGCAGAGAGAAUGCAAAAUGAUGAAAUGACUGGUAGUAGAGAUGGCAAAACUGACAGUAACUUGACCUCCUAUGACGAGAAAAAUCCCUUUGCAAUUACUGCGUUGGUUCACUGCAUCAAGGCUUUGCAGGUGCAACUAAAAGAAGCCACCGAUGAAAAUAAGCAGCUACUGAGCACUGUUCAGAAGCUAGAGCAAGAAAACGCCCAUCUACAAGCUCAGACAGCGUUUCAUACACCGGUACGCGACAAAGAUGAUAGUGGAUCGAUUGGCUUACAAAGUAAUUUGGAACCGAAAGCCGUGGUUGUCAAUGAAAAAAUUGGGAAUAAUAACGAUAGAAGUUUAUCCCGCUUGGCCACGGCGAUAUUUGGAGUUCCAUCAGCGUUUCAGAGAGUUAUGGAGGAGGACUUGAAAAUCUUGAAGGACCAUGCGCGGUGCCAGUAUAAGCUGCACGAGCUGUGGGAUAGCGUACGGCAGCUGAAAAUACUCGUGGAAACAUACGAUAUUACGCGAAAUGAUAUGAGAGUUCAGCGCGAUGAUGCUAUUGCUGAGGCGGAGCGUGCAGACGUCGAAAAUAUAAGGCUGGUGAGUUGCAACAACCCGCAGCAGAAGAUUAAGUAUCUGCAGCAAUUGAAGAAGGACAAUGAAGCGUUGCGUCGAAAGAACCGUGCACUGAACGAGAGGAUAGUCAAGGAGGCACUUAAACUUUUUUGGGUGAAGAAUGGCUGUUCAUUACAUGAAGAUGGUGAUUUAAGACUUGAGACGGUGGAUUCUGCAUUGCUUGGUGAUACACUACAAGAGUUUGAGGAACCGUCCGUACGCACUGACAAGGAGAUUUUGCGUAGACUGUGGAAUUUUAGUAGAAAAUUCGAACAACGACUUGAGCGGCUGCGUCUAGCAAGGAAAAGUCUAUUACAAGGAGAUGAUGACUCUAUGGAAUCUGAAGGUCAGCUGUCGAUAAGAAGUGAACCUUUGCCAAUGACUUGGUGA